CACUUUUACAAUGGAGGAGAGGCAGGACGCUCUGGUCAUGACCGUGCACCUCCUGGCAAACGCCGGCCACUCCCUGCUCUUGCAGCAAACUCUGGAUCAUCUCCUGGAGUGGAUUUUUCCCGACAUUCGCCUCUUCCUGGUGUCAGAGCGGGUCGCUCCGGUCACGUGCUACGAAAGACACCAUCCGAAGAGGUUGGGGUUUCCUGGCACGUCGGUUCUGCUCUUCCUCCACGAGGGUCUCGGCACGGAGCGCGUCUUCCGGGUCCUGGACUCCUUCCGGCACCCCCCGUGGAAGCACCACCAAACCCGGAGCACUCCGGGAAGGAGUCCCGCCCCCGCCGGGCAGGAGUUCUACGGCCUGGAUGACCGCAUGCCCGUCUGGGGGGUGAGGCGGGUCCGUUACGGCGCCGAGAUCCUGCGGGUGACCUUGUACUGUAGUUUUGACAACUACGAAGAUGCAGUCCGACUCUACGAAACGAUCUUGCGGAAAGCGGUCACCGUGCAGAAAGGCAACCUCUGCUUCUUUGUGCUGCAUUCGACGCGGAGCUUCACGGUCCAGUUGUCCUUGAAGCAGUUGCCCCUAGGGAUGGCUGUCGAACUGAAGGAGUCUACAAUACUGCAGUUUAAGGUGCAGGAGAUCGGCCAGCUGGUGCCCCUGCUCCCUAAUCCCUGUGUCCCCAUAAGCGGCACCAGGUGGCAAACUCAAGACUAUGAUGGAAACACAAUUCUAUUUCAGGUGCAGGCAAACCCAGGCGUCGCUGAAAGAAACGAUAGGCUCUGUCCUCGGGACAGGAGCAGCGCGGGGGCCGGAACUGUCCCGCACACCUCCCCCCGGCCACUUAAUUUCCCACAGAGGAUCGCCGAGCCAAGGCCGGAGCGAGGCCGGGCCGCGAGAGGGAAGCCCGGCUCCCUGACGCCUCCGGAAUCCCGGGGCAGCUUGACUUCCGAAAGCCCCUGCAGCAGUCCACGAAGCAGCUCUUGCUCCUCGCCCUACUCGAGCAGCCCGGCAGCAGGGGCCCAGAGGGACAGGUCCUCCCUCCACCUCGGCUCGGCCAGGCUGAAGACUCUCAGCCAGGGAAGCGAGUUUCCGGAGCCCGAGGAGGAGGUGGAUGUUGACACGGGAUUCCCGGUCGUCGGUCCCGGUCGCAGACAGACUUCUCUGAGCACGUUCCCGAGGGACGUACGGGACAGCCUGCCCUUGAGAGGCCUUCCCUUAUCAUUCGCUGACCAGGGGGACGGGAGGGUAGGGAAAGCAGCCUUGGAAUUUCAUUUGCAACGCUCAGAAGCACCGCGUGGAAAUGAAGAGGAGGAGGAAUUCUUCUUAUAGUGGGUUGCGAUCCAUCAGUCGUUUUUAUUGAGUGCUUUCUGUGGGCCAAGCACUGUGCUAAACCCUUGGGAGGGUACAGU